GUCCAACAAGCGCACCCGCAAGUAGGGAUGGAUCGUUCCACUGCGUCGGUGUUGUGUGCCACAAUCGCGCACCCUGUGAGCCUCAUCGGGGUCUGGGUCAGCUUAAGUCUUAAUCGGACUCCAAUCCUGUUCGAGGGCAAAUGUGCCGCUGUAGGAGUUACGAUACCCUUAGAUCUCCAAUCACUUUGACCUAGUAUUGCGUCUCCA